AUGAGGAUUUCUUCUCGCGACUGGUUUCUGUUGAUAUUCUCUGGCUUUUGGGGACUGGCAAUGGGUGCUUUCCCGAGCAGCGUUCAGAUCGGCGGGCUGUUCAUCAGAAACACUGAUCAGGAGUACACUGCCUUUCGUUUGGCAAUCUUCCUGCACAACACCAGCCCGAAUGCCUCGGAAGCCCCGUUCAACCUGGUGCCUCACGUGGACAACAUCGAGACGGCCAACAGCUUCGCCGUCACCAACGCCUUUUGCUCCCAGUACUCCCGUGGUGUCUUCGCCAUCUUCGGCCUGUACGACAAGCGCUCGGUCCACACGUUGACGUCCUUCUGCAGCGCCCUGCACAUCUCCCUCAUCACGCCCAGCUUCCCCACCGAAGGCGAGAGCCAGUUCACGCUGCAGCUCCGGCCGUCCAUCCGGGGGGCGCUGCUGUCCCUCCUCGACCACUACGACUGGAACAAAUUUGUCUUCCUGUACGACACCGACCGGGGAUACGCCAUCCUGCAGGCCAUCAUGGAGAAGGCGGGACAAAACAACUGGCAGGUCAGCGCCAUCUGCGUGGAAAACUUCAACGACGCCAACUACCGACGGCUGCUGGAGGAUCUGGACCGGAGACAGGAGAAGAAGUUCGUCAUCGACCUCGAGGCGGAGAGGCUGCAGAACAUGCUGGAACAGAUCGUCAGUGUCGGGAAACAUGUCAAAGGCUACCAUUACAUCAUGGCCAACCUGGGUUUUAAGGACAUCAACCUGGAGCGCUUCAUGCACGGCGGAGCCAACGUGACCGGCUUCCAGCUGGUCGACUUCAGCAACCCCAUGGUCAUCAAGCUGAUGCAACGCUGGAAUAAGCUGGAUCAGAGGGAGUACCCGGGGUCGGACGCCCCACCCAAGUACACCUCAGCGCUGACGUACGACGGGGUGAUGGUGAUGGCCGAGGCCUUCAGGAACCUGCGCAGGCAGAAGGUAGACAUUUCCAGACGGGGGAACGCCGGCGACUGCCUGGCCAACCCCGCUGCCCCGUGGAACCAAGGCAUCGACAUGGAGCGUACUCUCAAACAGGUCCGACUGCAGGGAUUAACAGGUAAUGUCCAGUUUGACCACUAUGGCCGCAGGGUGAACUACACGAUGGACGUGUUUGAGCUGAAGAAUAAUGGACCCAGACGGAUCGGCUACUGGACCGAUGCAGACAAACUGGUGCUGAUCCAGGACUCUCCUCUGCUUCCAAAUGACACCUCCGGCAUGGAGAACCGCACUGUGGUCGUUACUACCAUCAUGGAGGGUCCCUAUGUGAUGCUCAAGAAGAACUGGGAGAUGUACGAGGGCAACGACCAGUACGAGGGAUACUGCGUGGACCUGGCCUCGGAGAUCGCCAAACACAUCGGCAUCAAGUACAAAAUCUCCAUCGUUCCCGAUGGAAAGUACGGCGCCAGGGACCCAGAGACGAAGAUCUGGAACGGCAUGGUCGGGGAGCUGGUGUACGGGAAAGCGGAAAUCGCUGUGGCCCCUUUGACUAUCACGUUGGUCCGGGAGGAGGUGAUCGACUUCUCCAAGCCCUUCAUGUCGCUGGGCAUUUCCAUCAUGAUCAAGAAGCCUCAAAAAUCCAAACCGGGGGUGUUCUCCUUCCUGGACCCGUUGGCCUACGAGAUCUGGAUGUGCAUCGUGUUCGCCUAUAUCGGCGUGAGCGUGGUGCUCUUCCUGGUCAGCCGCUUCAGCCCGUACGAAUGGCACACCGAGGAGCCCGAAGAGGGCACCGACGGUCCGCCUAGCGAUCAGCCCCCCAAUGAAUUUGGUAUCUUCAACUCUCUCUGGUUCUCCCUGGGCGCCUUCAUGCAGCAGGGCUGUGACAUCUCCCCCAGAUCGUUAUCGGGUCGAAUCGUCGGAGGGGUGUGGUGGUUCUUCACUCUCAUCAUCAUCUCGUCCUACACGGCUAACUUGGCUGCCUUCCUCACUGUGGAGAGGAUGGUUUCCCCCAUCGAGAGUGCCGAGGAUCUGGCAAAGCAGACCGACAUCGCUUACGGCACUUUGGAUUCCGGCUCGACCAAAGAGUUCUUCAGGCGGUCAAAAAUCGCCGUCUACGAGAAGAUGUGGGGUUACAUGAAGUCGGCCGAGCCCACGGUCUUCACAAAGACCACGGCGGAAGGCGUGGCCAAAGUCCGAAAGUCCAAAGGGAAAUACGCCUUCCUCUUGGAGUCCACCAUGAACGAGUACACGGAACAACGCAAGCCGUGCGACACGAUGAAAGUGGGAGGAAACUUGGACUCCAAAGGCUACGGAGUAGCUACACCCAAGGGUUCACAGUUAAGAACGCCUGUAAACCUUGCCGUAUUGAAACUGAGUGAAGCAGGAGUCUUAGACAAACUGAAAAACAAAUGGUGGUACGAUAAAGGGGAGUGUGGACCCAAGGACUCGGGAAGUAAGGACAAGUCGUCCCAGGCCCUCAGUCUGAGCAACGUGGCGGGGGUCUUCUACAUCCUCGUUGGGGGCCUGGGCCUGGCCAUGCUGGUGGCCCUCAUCGAAUUCUGCUACAAGUCGCGCAACGAGGCCAAGAGAAUGAAGCUGACGUUCACUGAAGCCAUGAGGAACAAGGCCCGUCUGUCCAUCACAGGCAGCGUCGGGGAGAACGGACGGGUGCUGACGCCAGAUUGUCCCAAGGCCGUCCACACCGGGCCUCCCCUCCGCCAGGGCUCCGGCCUCGCCCUGGUCUCCUCCGAGCUCCCGUGA